GGCCCACUGCAGUUCUGGUUGUACAGUGACCGAAUGUUCUGCACUCAGGCUCUCCACCAGCUUGUGCACUCUCCUCCGUGACGACAUUUCACGAAAAACGACUUGUAUCUCGCUCUUACAACUAACUUAUACCUUUCUCGAACAUUUCUGUCAAUUCUUUGCAAACUGGGCAGGAUAGGUUCUAUAUGUGUCAUGGCUAGUAGUUGGCGCGCCGCGGCCGUGCUGUAUUACUCGAUACCACUUGCCCUAUGUCAAUAUACUCCGCUACCUAGAUGGGCGCAGGCGGUGGCUUUGUUGGAAAAUCUUCUAUAUGUUCACGGAGGUCUGACAGAUCAGUACGAUCAAUACUCGUACACAUCUGCACCGCCCACAUCAGAACUAUUGCUACUUGACCUUUCCACAUCAUUCAGUGCCACUUCCCCGCCGUGGCAGCUGCUCUCAAAUACAACCACCACGAGCUCUUAUCCCAAUUUAGGAUGGCACACCCUCUCUGCAUUCAACACAACCUCAUUCCUGCUUUUCGGAGGUCAACCAGGACCGAAUUCACAAACAGUCCUCACUUCCCUUAACGAUUCUGCUACACUUGUUUCCGCUUACGAUCAUGCGGACCCGACAUUUUUCAUCGAGCCUCAGAACUGGGGUGGUGAACCAAUGAGGAGGAUUCGUCAUUCAGCAUCUUCAACUGGCGGGAAGGUCUGGAUUGUCGGUGGUGAGAAGGCCGAUGGAUCAGGAAAUGCGUUCUUUGAUCACUACCUCUUCAACCCUGUGUUACAAGAGUUCGUGGUGCUUCCGUCUGGUGGUAAUGCUCCACCCGACAUUUAUGGGCACGCAUCACUCAUUCUUCCUGACGGACGACUCCUUAUCUUGGGUGGAUAUUGUGCAUCAUGUGGGGAGCUUGUACCCCUGAAUGUUGUCUGGUCCCUUGACACGACACAGGCAACCCUCGCAUGGGACAUGAUAUCCGUCUCAAAUUACACCACACCAAGUCCACGCCGCGACUUUGCGGCUGUUGUUCUCGUCACUGGAGAAAUCCUAAUUCAUGGGGGAGGCGAUGGCGAAUUACAGACAACAUAUAGCGAUGGAUGGAUAUUAAAUACCAACCAAAGUCCAAUGGUCUGGCGAGAAGCACAAUCUCUUCAGCAACUUGGCGCUCGCAAGGACCACCUGGCAGUACAGUGUAACGGUCAAGUACUCUUUGCCUUCGGCUACGGAACCUCCGCACCUGCGUCUGCCACCAUGGAAAUAUACGACCCUUCUAGCUCGUCCAUGGUCUCUUCUUAUAGUUCGCCACCUGCGGGUUCGACCCCGGCCAUCAUCUCUCUCCCCGCACCCUCUCAAACUAGCCACUCUGGGUCAAGUGGGGGAAGUGCAGGUGCACCCUCAGCAGUGUAUCCAACAAGUACUGCUGGUGCUGGUUCCAGCUCUAGUAACAGUAACAUUACUGCUAUCGCUCUAGGUACCACCUUCGGCAUCAUUGGACUCAUUGCUGGUGGACUUGUAGCUGUCUGGUAUAUUAAACGUUCGCGGGGACGCCAGUCUUUGAAUAACGGGAGGUUUUCCAUUCUUGGUGGUGACCACGAGUACGACAGUAUCGAUGGCGGUCCUGCUGAUUUUUUGUCCAUGGGUUCCGAGCAAAGGAGUCACGGAUUCCUAGGUGCACGCGCCCUCCCGCUAGCUGCAGCUCUCGCUCAUUUUGGAUUAAGAAAACAUUGUUCCCCCCUGCCACCUCGCCCGCGCCGUGACAUGUUCGCCGACGAAGACGCGCGAGAAUUCGGGUCGGGCAGUCCUCCGGAUAUGUUACGCAGUGAAGGCAGCGGCGGAACUAGUGCAUGGUCAAUGCGCUCGAUGGGCGCAAUGGUGCGCGGCAUGAUUUCCAGGGAGCCCAGUACAGGCAAUAGCAGCCGAGGCUGGGAUGAUUGGGAGAAAAUUGAGAGUGAUCGCGGGGACCUGAUGAAUGAGGGAAACAACUCGUACAACGUGAUGCCCAACAGCGGACACCCCCAUGGACGAGAUGGUAUCUCAUGGUCAUACACAGAUCCAUUCUCAGAUCCUGUGCCACAUAAUGGGGAGUACAACUCGUAUCAGCCAGACCAUGGGGUACGCAAACCUGAUGGCGAGUAUGACAGCAUUGAUGUUGAUGCUUUGGGCCGAGACCCGCCACCCCUUCGCCCACUGAGGACCAUUCCCACCCUCAGUCCUGUGCGUGAGGUCGCGUCCGACUCAACCAACACCCUAGCAUCAUGCCCUGGUUCCUCACAAAAUAAUUCGUCUUCCAACGGCCAUUCUUCCAGCAACAUUUAUGCCUCCCAACCAAGUCUUCCCUCGCAGCCGCCUUAUAGUCCUACGAUGCCCUCUACAUUGCACUCCUCUGCACCAACCAUUGCACCCUCACAGCGCCAUUCAUCCAUCCUCAACUCGUAUUCACCUUCUUCGAACCCCAUUCGUCGAUCAGACAGCUGGUGGGGGCGAUUUAUGAAGACAUCUCUACUUGAUCGACGCAAUUCUACCUGUCAGAAACCACUAGAUUUACGGGACCCUAACCCAGCUCCGCCACUCACGUCGAUCAACGAAUGGAAUGCUUCCCCGGACUCUCUUGAGUCCAAAUAUGAGCAACCAGUCAAACAUAUCCGCCUGAUCUCUCCAUCUGUCUAUAGUGGCCGGACAGCGAACACUGAGGUCGCAGAGCGGCUGGGUGGAAGCUAUGAUGUCGUACAGCGAAUUGCUUCGGACGGAUCCACAUCACAUCGAACAGCUUCGAUUGGUUCGAUUAGUGCAAAUGAACACGGAAUGUUGGGUGGCUUAUCAUCCGAUCAAAGCAAGCUUACCUCUUCCCGACCUAUAUCUCCGGCAUCAUGUCCCUCUUCUUCCUCAAAAGAGCCUUCGAGGACUGGACCCACCACCCAUAGUUCUCGGUUCAUAAGGGCCACAGGUCAUGCUGUGACAUCUAGGGUUCAGGAAAUCGAACGGCAGGUGGCGAACAAUCUGGUGGCAGAACGUUCUCCACCUCCGCGGAAUACUCGCAAGCGAGAAGAAGUGCCUUCCCGUACCCGUCCAACCAUUCGGUAUGGUCUAGCUCCGCGAGCAUCAUUGUAUGUUGCCAACCCUGACAAGCAAUGUGCCUAAAUUGUGACUUCUGCCCCUUUGUUAAUCUCUGGAAGGAAUUGUAUUGUUUACCCUCCUGUCUUUACUGCCGUUGUUUUAGUUGCUGUAACACGAGAUACCAUCCGACCAACGAUUAUUCCUCACGGUCACCAAAUGUUUAUUUUUUUUUCAUUUCAAAUGCAUAUAUCUAUGGUCCGAA